AAUAAUUCGCUUCAGGUAAUCUUUUUGACUUCCGGUUGGUUUGGAAAUGUUUCGAUGGGUCCGCCGGAUGCAAUUCUCGGCGUAACUGAAGCGUUUAAAGCUGAUAAAAAUCCGAAGAAGAUCAAUCUUGGUGUGGGAGCCUAUCGUGAUGACCAUGGGAAACCUUAUGUUUUGCCAUCGGUGCGAGAGGCCGAAUCGAUUUUGUUAUCGGAAAAUCUUGAUAAGGAGUAUGCGGGAAUCGCUGGUAUUCCGGAAUUCACAAAUGUUGCCGCGAAAUUAUCGCUUGGUGAUAAUUCUUCAGUAAUCAAAGAAAAAAGGAAUGCAACCGUGCAAAGUAUCUCAGGAACAGGAGCGCUAAGGAUUGGUGCCGAAUUUCUGGUUAGACCAAAAGUAAUUUAUCAACCAGCACCAACCUGGGGAAAUCAUAUACCAAUUUUCAAAUUUGCUGGUUUUGAUGUAAAACAGUACCGUUAUUAUGAUAAGAAAACUUGCGGUUUUGAUGAAAGCGGUGCUCUCAAAGAUAUUUCAGAAAUUCCUGAAAAAUCAUUGAUCUUGCUUCAUGCUUGCGCUCACAAUCCAACAGGAGUUGAUCCAAAGCCGGAGCAGUGGAAAAAAAUUGAGGAAGUUGUUAAAAUGGGAAAUUUAUUGGUCUUCUUUGAUAUGGCUUAUCAAGGUUUCGCUUCUGGUGAUAUUGAUCAUGAUGCAUAUGCAGUACGUUAUUUUGUUCAACGUGGUCAUAAUAUAUGUUUAGCACAGUCAUUCGCGAAAAAUAUGGGCUUAUAUGGAGAACGGGUUGGUGCUUUUUCUGUAAUUUGUGCCUCUGAGGACGAAGCUGCGAGAGUUAUGUCACAGCUGAAAAUUUUGAUACGUCCAAUGAUCUCAAAUCCUCCCAUUCAUGGCGCACGAUUGGCUACCCGGAUAUUAUCUGAUCAAUCAUUAAAAAAACAAUGGUUGGUGGAUGUUAAAGGAAUGGCAGAUCGAAUUAUUUCCAUGCGAAAACAAUUAUAUGAUCUACUUAUCAAAGAAGGGUCUACUCGCGACUGGCGACAUAUAGUUAAUCAAAUCGGGAUGUUUUGUUAUACGGGUAUAACUCCUGAACAGGUAGAAAAACUGGUGAAAGAUUAUAGUAUUUUCCUCACAAAAGAUGGACGAAUUUCUGUCGCAGGAAUUUCAUCGAAUAAUGUUGCUUAUCUUGCUCACGCAUUAUAUCAAGUUACCAAGUAG